AUGUCGAUUAAACGUGCCCUCUCCAAGGCCAUUAGGGGACACUUGGGAAAUGAGGAUGACUCUUCCGGUUCCAACGUUCGCUCUGCUCUGCCAUCAAAAGUUCGUACCUCGACAGAUCGGUCCGGUUCUCCUACCGCAUCCCCUCGUCGCAGCAUCAUUGGCAACUUCCUCCGUGAUAAGAAUGAGUAUAUCUCUUCGUCUGAUGAUGUCUCCGACGACUCUUCUACCGGUGCCUUGAGCAAAAACCAACAGAAGCGGUUGGUGCGUCAGCACCGUCGCAGCGAGCGCAGUCGUCUCAGCGAGGAAAUGUUCUCCGAGACCGACCAUCGCCGCAAGGAAGAGGAAAUUGCCAAAUCCACAGCCGAGGAGACGCCAGAAAUGAAAGCGCGUUAUGGCGAGCUUCCUUUAAUGCAGUCGUCCGUUCGAACACGAGAAGUGCGGACUCGGCUCGAUGACAUAAGUCUUGCCAUGGAGGGACAGAAAGUGUUCUUCAGCGCACGACUGCACGUCAUCCGUCGAAUGAGUGCCAAACUGGUGUUCCUGGUAUUCCGUCAACAGCUAGGUACCUUCCAAGGUGUUUUGCAUGAGCGGGAGGGAGCAAUCUCUCUCGCCAUGGUCCAGUGGGUGGAGCACCUCCGGGUGGGCUCUUUUGUGACAGUCCGCGGCACUGUUCAGAAACCGGAGGUUCCAGUGUUGGGCUGCUCAGUUCAUGAUGUCGAGCUGGCCAUUGAUUCGGUUCACCUCCAAGUUCGCCGCGAGGAGCCUGUCCCCUUCAGUGUUUACGAGGCAGAGAUUCGGACCACCGAAGAAGAAAAGAUCGAGGGCCGCCGCAACCACAUCCCUGACCGGACACGUUUGGCCAACCGGAUUCUCGACCUUCGCACAUCAACCUCGCAAUCCAUCUUCCGUCUUCAGUCCGUGACAUGCAAUCUUUUCCGUACUUCCCUUGACGACCGCGGCUUUAUCGAAAUCCAUACCCCGAAAUUGCAAGGCGCUGCUACCGAGUCUGGAUCGAGUGUCUUCGAAGUCAACUAUUUCGGUCGCCCUGCGUUCCUCGCUCAGUCUCCUCAAUUGGCGAAGCAGAUGGCUAUCGCUUCUGAUUUCGGCCGCGUCUACGAGAUUGGUGCUGUGUUCCGUGCCGAAAACUCCAAUACCCACCGUCAUCUUACAGAAUAUACUGGAUUGGAUCUUGAGAUGGCUAUUGAUGAGCACUACCAUGAGAUGCUUGAGACACUUGAUGCUGUGAUUAAGAAUAUCCUCACGGGCAUCUACACCAAACACCGCCGCGAAAUUGAUCUCAUCAAGUACCAGUUCCCCUCCGAAGAUGUCGUAUGGCUGGAAAAGACGCCGAUCAUUCGUUUUACCGAUGGUAUCAAGAUGUUGAACGACUCGGGCUGGUUGAACGAAGAGGGCAAUCCGCUACCUUUUGACGAGGACUUGGGUACCCGUGAUGAGAUUCACUUGGGUGAGCUUGUCAAGGAGAAAUACGGCACUGAUUACUACGUCCUCGACAAAUUCCCUCGUGGUGCACGUCCCUUCUACACGAUGCCCGACGUUGAUGACGACAACUUCACGAACUCAUUUGACAUGUUCAUUCGUGGGCAAGAGAUUGUCUCGGGUGGUCAACGUAUCCACGAUCCCCACAUGCUGGAGGAAAACAUGCGUCGUGUGGGCAUUAACCCGGAUGAUAUGGAAGACUAUCUCGAGGGCUUCCGCUGGGGUGCACCACCCCACGCGGGCGCCGGAGUUGGUCUGGAACGUAUCAUGAUGCUUAUCCUCAAGCUGGGCAACAUCCGACUGACGUCAAUGUUCCCUCGCGACCCCAAGAGUUUGCCAGCAAAGCCUGUCUCUGAAAACCUCCGCCACCCAGAAUCAUCGACCAUCGAACCGCCGUGGCACCAUGAGCACAAGGCUCGGACAGCUUCGGACGUCAGUGAGCUGCAGCCUCUGGAACAUCUGGUCGCUAACUACGGCGAUGCCACAUCAACCUCCUGGUUUGAUGAACGCUUCAAGAUCUGGCGUGACAUGACUACUGGUGCAGCUGUCGCCUACGUGCCCAGCUCCUCCAAUUAUGCGAUCAUUCCCGGUAACCCAGCCUGUGAUCCCAAGCAGUACACACGCACAAUUACACAAUUCUUGCAGUGGCUACGCCGCGAAACCAAGUAUAAGCCCGUGUGGAUCCUCUGCUCGCCUGAAGUCGAGACUAUUCUUGGCGAACGACUAGGCUGGCGCAGUUUGUCUUGUAUCGCCGAAGAGCGCAUUGACCCAUCGCGCAACCUAGCCGCUUCUGACGGCGAGAUUGCACGUAAGCUGCGUCGCGCCGAGACCGAGAACGUUAAGCUAGUUACUAUGAACCAAGGCGAGAUGGUUCCAGACGAUAUUCGCAAGAAGAUUGACGACCGUAUCACCGAGUGGCUGUCCAACCGCAAGGGCGCGCAAGUGCAUUUGUCCCAGAUUCGCCCAUGGUGCGACUUCGAGCACCGUUGGUACUUCUACGCUCUGGACAGGAAUGGCGUCGUCUGCGCCUUCGUCGCUUUGGCAAUGCUAUCUCCUGCCCAUGGUAUGCAAGUCAAGUACAGUCUCGAUUUCCCCGGCGCGCCGAGCGGUACUAUCGAAUAUAUUGUCACGCAUGCAAUCCAGACCGCCGCUAAGAGUGGCGUCAAAGGCCUUACAUUUGGCGCUGGCGCCACUGCCCAGUUCACCGCAGGUCACAACUUGCAGGGAACCAAGGUCAAGAUGUUGGAGCACACCUACGAAGCCCUCGCUAAACAGUUCCAUCUUGUGCGCAAGAGUGAAUUCCGUGCUAAGCUCGGCGCCACCGAGGAUCCGCUCUACAUUUCCUACCCGUCCCACGGCCUGGGCUCUAGGGGUAUACGCGCGAUCCUCAACUUCUUCGAAGACUAA